AUGUUCCGAAGCUGCACGAGCGCGCCCCCAGAGUCAGUGCCGUCGAACACCGAGACCCCGGGCGCGAAACUGGCGAAGAAGGGGCCUAAGCGGUGUACUGGGCACGCGACGCGGACCCCGGGCAAGGCCUCACACAGUACGCGGGGCAAGAAAGUGUACGCGAACGGAUAUAGCAUGGCGAACGGACGAAGGCUCCGCUGGUGCUGCGCGCCGGAGUUCUCCGACGCGCGCCAAAGCCAUUUCGACGUGGCGCGUCGCCGCUCGUCGGUCCCGGUUGGCGCUCCGGGAUCGAUCGCGGCCUGCCGCGCGGUGGAUGCGGGCUGGUGCCUGCUGCUGCCCGAGGUGUCCUUCCCCGCCGCGUUGGCCGCCAUCUGCCUGGAGACGCACGCGCUGCUCUUCCGAUGGGGGACCGACACGGCCGUGCUGAGGGUGCACGGCGUGGCGGUCGUGCUGUGGCUCCUGGGCAACUCCACCUGGAUGGUGUUCGAGCUGCUGUUCAGCCCGUCGACCGGGCAGGGCCGCCACUUCCCCUGGUACUCUGGCCCCAUGGUGACCGAGAGUGAGAGCCUCUACAACAUCGGGUGCAUCUGGUCAUCGGUCCUGUUCGGAGGAGCGCUCGCCCUGCUGCUGGGGUUCUACGCGCAGGCCGCGAUGGAGCUGAGGAGGAGCAGCCAAGCCGUCCAGAUGGAUAACCCGCAGGACGCGGUCGAGUUCGACUCCGACGAGCAGGAGGAGCUGGUCUUCGGAUUGCUGACCCCGGAGGCUGCCGGGAUACAGGAGCCACGAAGUGUCGGCGCGAAACCAAGUGAGAUGAUGGAGUAG